UUUCUGCACCUCGAGGGGAUCCCGUCAGGAAGUCGCCAGCUUUUGUGAAUCAGCCGAGUAUAUAGGUUAUGAAAACAAUCGUUUGUUUUUCUUAUCGCUCACAAGAGUUAUCCGUGGACCCAAGSCAGCCGAGCAUUUAUAAAGUCAACACAACGACCCAUCAGGCGAGAAAAGUCUGCUUUUUUGGCCAUCUGCUUGAGCGCUGCUGUUUUGCAAAUUUCACAGUGAAUCAUAUCCGCCAAACGAGAAACAUUUUUUUGGCAUAGACUAUUGGUGUCUUAUGUCUUAUGACGAACGGCAUUUUGGAAAUAAUCUAAGCAAGGAUUGUGAAAGAUAAUGGAAGAUUUUGAGACACAAUGCGCUUCAUUCGCGAACCCUGUUAAUCUUUAUCUUGUGUUUGCUGGCGUAGCAGGGAUAAUUUUGAACAUUUUCCCUUUGUAUGUUAUAUUCAAGCUGCCAAAAAAGACAAACCGAGUCGGACGGGACAUACUGGCUGCUGGUCUUUGCAUUGUGGAUAUUCUUACAAUAGUCGUUCCAUUAUCUAUUAAUCUUGGUGUAAAAGCGASAUGCGAGGCGACUAAAAUCACWUCAAAUCGACCAUGGAUUUGUGAGAUGUUCUUUUUAAUGUUCAUAUGGCUCAAACUGAGCGCUAUGUUUCUUAUAACUGUGCUUAAUUACUCGUCCUACUUGGGCCUCAACGUGAACGGYCAGUACAGCACUGAUCGACCAAGUAUUGGUGAUCGUCUGUCAAACUCAUUCCAUAGAGCCAAGUCGAGGGGWAAAAGARCUGAYGAGCAUGGACGAUCRGUUGUGGUGAUWGCUAAUUUAGUUAUCGGGGUCGCGUUAGUCGCUUUUAUUAUUUCCUCUCUCCCGUAUCUUGGAUUAGGACCGAAAGGGAAAACUACUCUUAGUUCUAACUCGACCAAAGGCAUUCUAAAAAAGCAAAGCCAACUUUGCCAUCUUGAACAGAUAAGUUUUCCCCUGAAGGGGAAAGAAUACACGUUUUUAUUUGCGGUACUAAUGAGCUCCGCGGCCUGUUUGAUUCUUCACCUUGUUCACAGUGUACUAAGCUGUUUCAGCUGUUGCUUUUGGAGAGAAAAUCUCCGGGAAGCCCAAGAGAUGGAUAUYCAAAUGGUCAGUMGGAAUUCACACGUUGCGGGGGGACUACACUUGGUUCAAAGUGUACAAGAAAUUACUGACAGCUAUGCGAGAAUGACCUUCGCUUUGGGAGUCGUUUAUUUUGCGACAUGGAUACCAAUGAUGUUUGGCAUGGGUGUCUUAAUGUCUUCUGGUUCRUUGAGGAAUGAUCUCAAGGAAUACUGCAUCGCUGGUACCUUUUCUAAUCCCUUCAUCGAUCCGCUUAUCUAUGCGGCAUUCGUUACAGAAUAUCGACGAGGUUACAUUCAUUUGGUCAGCAAGAUUUUCACUUGGAUUAAAUAUUUACCAGAAAUGUUURUUACRGCCAAGAAGAAGGCYGUUAURCAGAUCACGGAAUCAAGCAAUUAGCGAAUGAUCAUCUGAGUGAACKCUGCCACUAACCGAAACUACUGCAGUUAUCCUGYGUUACGAGACGUUAGAAACGUAAUGGGUACCUGCAACGGGUCUACCCAGUAAAAAUACAAGUGUCAUCGACAGAAUCGGAUGUCUCAAGGAUCGUCCACACUGAUACGCUUUCGUACUGUUUUCAUUCCCUUGUAGGCGAAGAACAUUACAGAUAUGAAAAUGCCACGAAAACGCAUCAGUAAGAGCGCGGAGAGUAUUGACCCUGCGUUGCCAUGUAAUUUGGCUGUUGYCCACUAAACAUUGAGCAAAAUAGACUCGUUUCUCAC